CAUAAACAUAAACAUAAACAUCAUAGGGAACAAACUGAAAGUUCAUCACAUUCACAUAAAAAAGUUACCGGUAAACGUACGACGCGUGAUUCUUCAAAUGACGAGUCCGAUAAAAAUGGCGAUCUAUUAAAAGAAUACGAUAGCAAAUCAUCUCAUGUACGAAAAAAAGCGAAACGCCAUCAUGAUGAUAUUAAUGAGAAAGUUGAGAUUAACGGGGAACAUAGAAGCAUAGAAACAUGUGGCGAUAGUGUUAAACGGCAUGUGAUCGAUAAAACCAAAAAAACAGAGAAAAGGUUGACGAGCAAAUCCAACAUGAAUAAGUCAUACACUAGUAAUACCGAUAAGGGCUUAAUCGGCGAUUCUGUUGGGAAACGUUCGACAGAUGUUGAUUAUAUGUCGAUUCGUGACAAGAAAGGAAAGACUUCUUUAAAAGGUGUUGUUAAAAAGGUCAAAGUUGAAAAGAGUCAAACAUUAAAUGAUGUUAAAAACAAGGAAAUUUUACAUCAUGAUAAUAAUGGUGGGAAUUUAGUCAAUUAUGAGGGUGAGAAUCUUGUAAAAAGUGAAAUAGACGAAAAGUAUACUCUAGACGAUGAUAUUAUAAAAGGAAUCAAUCAUGAUUCGAAAGAAUCAUUGAUGUCUGAACUUGCAAUCAACACAUCCACAUAUUCGCUUCGUGAAAAACGGUCAUACCCGCCAGUUACAGAAGAUACAAAAACAAAGAUCGAUGAACGUAGUUCAUCAAAAUCAGUUAAUACGAAGUCAUUUUGUCAAUCCAAAGGCGAAACUUCCGCAGAAAUUACUUCUAACACAAUAGAUGUAACUUCAUCUAUUUCAAACGAAUCCCAACCAUCAAUACCACCUUCACAAGAAACAACGAAAGCGAUUACAUCAGAUCUAAAUGAAACUUCGAGUGGAAUUAUCAAUUCUGAUCUUGUCACAAAAGAAGAUACGAAUAUGUCAAAAUCUGUUGGCAAAAAAGGGCCAGCACGCAAACUUGGAAGACCUCCAAAAUUACAAGAACCGCAGCGUAAAGCAACGCCACGAACUUGGACCUGGCAAAAAAAGAAAAAGGAUCUGAAAACAAUUUUGACAAAAUUGCUGGAUUCUUUUACCAAGAAAGAUGCGUACGAAAAAAAAAUUGAAAGGAAUGAAUAUUCUUCCAUUGACGAAUUCAAGGAAGAUUUUGCUCUUGUAUGUAAUAAUUGUAAGACAUAUAAUGCACCAGAAACACUUUAUUAUAAAAGUGCGGACAAACUAUGGCAAUUUGGCGAUAAAGCAAUAGAACGCGAAAGAGAUAGUAUUCUUUUGGAAGAGGAGAGAAUGAAGGCGUUGGGAGUUGAGAGCGGAAAAAGGGCUGCAAAUGUUGCGCAAGGUGUCGCGUCUAGUAGAGCAACGUCUAUUUCAAAACCAGGGAGACAAGUUCGAAAACAAAGAAGAGGAGAAGCACGUAAACAAUUUGCUCCCGAUGGUUCGCUCAUACAUAGUAAUAUUCCAUUUAUUUGA